AUGACAUUCCUGGUGGACACAGGAGCUGAUUUGUGCAUCGUGCCUCGUCAAAUGGUCCAUAAUUUCAAUGAGAAAACUGACUUUAAACUCACAGCUGCUAAUAAUGAGGCCAUCAAAGCUUAUGGAUUUGUGAAUAUCACUCUGUCGCUCAAUCUGAGACGCGAAUUCAAAUGGACCUUUCUCGUCGCUGAUGUCAACACCCCCAUCAUUGGUGCUGAUUUUCUGGUCCGUUAUCACCUGGCUGUCCACCUGGACGACGCCCAAAUUGUUGACAAGCUGACCAAUUUGAAAGCACAUGGUGUCUUGAGACCACACAACCUUCCAAGCAUUAAAAUGGUUGAUGUGUCCAACAAAUUUUUCCUCCUGCUCCAGCAAUACCCUGACCUCAUCACACCUGGUAAACCUAGAAGUCCAGUCAAGCAUAAGACAGUGCACCACAUCGAGACCACAGAUGGACCACCAGUGCACGACAAGUUCCGCCGCCUGCCGCCAGACAAGCUCCAAGCGGCCAAGGCAGUUUUUGACCAGAUGGAAGCGGAAGGUGUGGCUCAGCGAGGCAUCAGUUCCUGGGCAUCUCCCCUCCACAUGGUGAAGAAACCUGACGGCUCUUGGAGACCCUGCGGAGACUACCGUAAGUUGAACUCCCGAACAAAAGCCGACAGAUACCCUUUAACAAAUAGAAGAUUGUCCUCCGUCGAGGAAGUAGAACUAGUUGCCCACCGGGUGACCGAACUAAGGGUUGUGGUCACGACGCGCCGUGGUGAUGUGGGCGCGCCAGUCGCUAUGACGCUGCGACUCGAAGCUCCGGUGCUAGCCGUUUGA